GCUUCAUUCCUGCGUUGUUUGGGGACAGUAGGAAGAUGGCGGCGGCCCCGCUGUACUGUGUCUGCCGGCAGCCCUACGAUGUCAGCCGGUUUAUGAUUGAAUGCGACACCUGUAAGGACUGGUUUCACGGCAGCUGUGUUCACGUUGAGGAGCACCAUGCCGUGGAUAUCGACGUUUACCACUGCCCCAACUGUGAUGUCAAACACGGACCCUCCCUGAUGAAAAGACGCAACAACUGGCACAGACACGACUACACAGAGCCAGAUGAUGGAUCCAAGCCGGUGCAGGCGGGCACCUCUGUGUUCGUUAAGAAGCUCCAGCAAAGGACCUUCCCGAGUGCCGAGGAGAUUCUCAUUCGGAUGAAGGGCGAGCAGGUGACCACCAGGUACUUGGAGAGACACGGCUUCAACUACCCGAUCGCGAUCACUGAGAUGGAGGGGCUGGGUCUGAAGCUGCCCCCUCCCACUUUCUCCGUCAAAGAUGUGGAGCAGUAUGUGGGUAGAGACAAAGUUAUCGAUGUGAUAGAUGUGGCACGGCAGGCGGACAGUAAGAUGAAACUUAGCGAGUUUAUCAAGUAUUUCACCAAGCCCCAUCGACCCAAAGUCCUCAAUCUCAUCAGCCUGGAGUUCUCUGACACAAAGAUGUCAGAGUUGGUGGAGGUUCCUGAUGUGGCUAAGAAUAUGUCCUGGGUGGAAAACUACUGGCCUGACGACUCAUUCUUCCCAAAGCCUUUUGUCCAAAAGUACUGCCUUAUGGGGGUUAAAGACAGCUACACGGACUUCCACAUAGACUUUGGAGGAACCUCAGUCUGGUAUCAUGUUUUGUGGGGUGAGAAGAUCUUUUACCUGAUUAAACCCACUCCCACCAACCUUGCACUAUAUGAGGCAUGGAGCUCCUCACCCAAUCAGAGCGAAGUGUUCUUUGGAAACAAAGUGGAUAAGUGCUACAAGUGUGUUGUUGCCCAAGGAACCACCCUGCUCAUCCCUACAGGAUGGAUCCAUGCUGUUCUCACCUCUCAGGAUUGCAUGGCCUUCGGUGGGAACUUCCUUCACAACCUCAAUAUUGGCAUGCAGCUCAGGUGUUACGAAAUGGAGCGUCGCCUGAAAACUCCAGACCUCUUCAAGUUUCCAUACUUCGAGGCCAUUUGUUGGUAUGUGGCUAAAAACCUCCUGGAAAUGCUAAAAGAGCUACAUGAGGACAGCUGUCCACCACCAACCUACCUUGUAGACGGAGUCAGGGCUUUAAUCAGUGCACUGAGGACUUGGUUGAGAAGAGAGGUGACCGAGCCCACCAGUGAGGUACCGGAUAACAUCAGGCCCAACCAUCUCAUCAAGGAGCUGACCAAGGAAAUCCGCUACCUGGAGGAGGAACCAGUGAGCGGUAGCAAGCUGAUGAAAUCGCAGGGAAGUGGAAUACCGCCUGGAGUGAACGGCUGCCUCACCACCCGGGCACUGGAGAGGCUGUGCCAGGCGCGGCAGGUGAGGACAGCCGCCAGGCGGCUUAGGGAGCAGCAGCAGCAGGCCCCCAAGGUGCCCUCCAACCUGGACAUCUUGGAGCAACACACGAUGGAGGUGCUGAAGAGGGUGGAGGUGGGACCACUCGAAGAGGAUCCAACAUUUUGUGCCAAGGUUCUUGGAAAGUUCAAUAAAGUGUCGACCGCAUCGGCUGCAGCGGCUGCAGAGUCCCUGGAGGACAACCACCUACGCCUCAUGCUGGUCAACGGCAGAAUCAUCCGAGAUUUAAGGCGACCAGGGAGCAGUCCUGUAAAGACAGACGGGGAGCAGUCAUACGCUGACCAAAGCCCAUCAAAGAGCUGUGUGGAUGUGAAGCUGGAGGGGAUGGAGGGCAGCACAGCUGAGAGAGCUCCUCUAGGUCCAGGAGGUCUGGACAUGAAGAAUGAACUCAGGGGCGAGGCCUCAGGACACUUCAGCGUCUCAGACAUGGAGUCAGACAGCGACUGUCCCUCAGACAGUAAAGCAUUAUCGUCGUCAUCGUCAUCGUCCUCUUCUGACGAUGAUUCAGAGAGUUCCCAGGAGGAGGAAGAGGAUGAGAGGAGGUCAGCUCAGCAGACAGGCUCAUGGCACAGCAUCGAACUGGACCAGUCUGGUCUUAAACUCAGGCACAAACACAAACCACUCAAACGAGAACGUCCUACCUCACCCAGCACAGAAGAGGCCAUUCAGGGGAUGCUGUCCAUGGCUGGUCUGCUGUGUACCUCAAAGCAGGAGGAGGCGCCGUCGCUUCAGGAGUCCUGGUGGUCCGGUUCGAGCCAGCGCUCGCUGCAGGAGACGACGCACCACCAAUACAGGCUGCAGGAGGAAAAGAGCCCCAUGGAUAGCCAGGGCAACAGCAGCAGCGAGGCCUGGGACAAUCAAGGGCUCCCCAGCCCCAGUACAGAGUACCAGUACUGCGACCCCUCAAUGUCUCCACCUCUGCACCCUUCCAAGAGGAACGCCCCUAACCCCCCACCUAUCAGCAACCAGGCUACAAAAGGUAAAAGGCCCAAAAAAGGAAUGGCAACAGCCAAACAGAGACUCGGCAAGAUCCUUAAAAUCAACAGACACAGUCGUGUUUUUGUUUAACGCUCUCCCUCAAACUGAAACAAGACUAAAAAAAAAAAAAAAAAUGUCGUUCUGGGUCUGUCCCCAAGAAGUAAAAAAAAAAAAAAAGGAGAGAAACAUUUGUCUGCUUUGUGCUGUGGAGAUGACAGCGAGGGAAAAUCGACGCACUGCCUGGAGACGACAGUAACGAUCGUCACAGAAAAAGCACACUAAGAACAAGCGGGAAGCGGAGAGAGGAAGUGACUUGUCCUGCAAAGAAAAGUCGAUUUAAUUGGAAGUUUCUGCGGGCAUUUAAGUGGGACUAGGACACAUUUGCUCAAAUUUCCUCUUCCGCUUCGAAUUUAACUUGCUUCUUCCCUGCAAGCUGAACAGGAGGAAAGGAGCAGGUUGAAGACGCCUCUCGGGUCGGGACUUGACAGAAAACGUGGUGCUUAAAUAAAAAAAAGAAAAAAGGAGGCGUUGGACUGAUAUUUCAAAUGGUGCUUAUUGUUUUGUAUUUUUCUUCCAGCCAUGCUUUCCCCUCCUUCCCUCUUUUUAUCUCAAUCACACCAGCAAUAAUGACUUUGGGGCAAGAGGAAAGGCUGAGAGGCGGCGGUGGGGUGAGCGCUGCAGACAGGAUCCUCUCUUCUCUGCACUGUUGAUUAGAUCUGAGAGGAAGUUACUCAGUGCCGCCUGUGAAUUUGUUUUCAAUAGGAUUUAUGAGUCAUUAACUCUAUAAAUGACUCCUGAUUAAUUUAUUUCUCAUUUUACCAUUUUUUUUUUUCAGUGUGUUUAUGGAUAAUGAUGUAUUUAUUAAUUGAAAGAAUUGAUGAUUUUAUUACAAAAUGACCAUGGAACCUCUACAAUUGUGAGGUUUUUCCCUGUUUUAAGAGGCUUCUUUUUCUUUGUGUUUUUUUUUUAUGUUAAGCGAACAUUUUUGUAAAUGUUGAUGUUUUAGUGUGAAUAGCAGUUUAUCUACGAGCCCUUUCUAACUUUCUGUCGUCACAAAUCUUUUCCUUCCGCGGUUGACUUGAUCCUGUGUUGAUUCUCAUCUCUUCUGGUUGUUCCCAGUGAUUUUUGGGCGAUGUGUGAGUAGAGACUUAGGUUAGGUUUUCUGUUUUUUUUUCAACUUUCAUAUCCACACCUGAGCAUUCUCAGUGAGUGCCACUUACCUUUCAUUAGCAAAAACAAAGUAUUUGAGCCACUGUGGUCAGUGCAAAGCACAGUACUUGAGUAGUUUUUAUACCCCUCUGAACUUUUUUACAUUCUGUUGCUUUAAAGGCACAAACCUCAAUGUAUUUUAUUUGGAUUUUGUAUAAAAGACCAACAUAGUAGUUAGUAUAAUAGUGGAGGGAAAUUUAUACUUUUUUUUUAAUAUAUAAUAAAGGAUGCCUAGCAGUUUACUGUCGCUCCUGUUAGGACAGCUACAGAGUGCCGAGUAACGCGCCAGAGGGGACUUAACUUAACGGAAAUACCCAUGCAUAAUAGUUUAAGUCCUUUCUUUUUAUAACAACUGAAUAUAAAGAAGAACCUGAAAAAAAUUGGCUAAAACUCUUGGUUCCCACAGCAUGUUUCUGUUUCACGUUUCAAACAAAACAUUACAUUGUGUUGCAAGUUCAAGGGGUGCAAAUACUUUUUCCAAGUGACUGUGGUCUGUAUCCAGAAGUUAACAAUGAGGAACUUCAAAUGGGGAAUGAGUGAGUUUUCUUGUAUAGCAGUGAUGUUGUGAUAUGUGUGCAGUUCUUCACUCUCAGGGAAUGAUGCCAUGGACAUAACCUCCGAUUAACCACCAGCCACAUGAUGGAUGCAGACAGGAUGCUCUCAGCAAUCGCCCAGGACUUUAAGGAAGUCCUGCUUCAGAGAUGCUGGGGUUUGUUUUCAUAUUUCCAAAAAAAGGUUUUUCAGGUUGCACAAACACACUGUUACCAGUCAGUCGUUGACUCUUUUAGCUUAACCGGAGUUUGGUGUUGUCCCUCACCCUCCCAAGUCAUGUUCAGCUCAGUGUUACUCAUUCAUCACCUUCUUGGAGUCGACUCUGACUUCAUAAAUGAGCUGCCAUAUAGCUUUAAGACCGUUCUGUGAACAGUGCGAGGCUGGGAAAGCUUUUCUCAGGUUGACCUACAAGUAACUGUGUGAUUAAUCACGAACCAAGUUGGUGUUAAUCACUUAGCUAGGCUGAUUUCCUCAUUCUUUUCUUACACUACACUCUUUAACUUUGAAACUCUUUGCAUGUUGAGUCAUUGAAGAAAAAAGAAAGCACGAGCUGGCCCGCAGGCAGGGUUUGUUUAUAAGCUGUAGUAUUCACCCCCCUCCUCCCUCACUCCUCUUUCUGCUUUUUUCACAUUAGUGUUGUGUGUCGGCUCUUGCAAAGAUGGCUUCUGAUUUGAAAUAUACAAACACUGGCUAACUGUGACACUGUUGAUGCGUUGCAUUUGUUUCUGCAUUUCAAAAAUCGCUUGUAAAUAAAACUAAUGAAAUAAAAA